AUGUCAAAGGCGUGUACCCUGGAGAACGGCGUGCUGAACCUCGCGGUGCUGCGCGAGGACUCGCGGCGCGAGCUGUUCUCGAUCUUGGACUCCAUUGGCAAAGACAUUUGCUUCGUGCUGGACCCGGAGCUCAAUGGCCCGCUGAACCACGUGCUGGUGGACGGCACGGCCGUGCUCAAGGACCACGGCGUGAAGGACUUCCACGCGUUCGGCAAGAGCGUCAAGACGGGCUGUGAGCUCGUGCUGUUCCUCGUGCGGCCGUCGGUGCGGGCCACGCGGUACGUGGCCAAGUACAUUCGCGACCUCACCACGGAGCACAAGGCAGCGAAGCGCUUCUUCCUCUACUACGUGAGCCGCCGCACGCUCGUGUGCGACGAAGUGCUCAAGAAAGAAGGCGUGUUUGGCAGCGUCAGUGUCGGCGAGUACAAGCUCGACCUCAUUCCGUUCGACGACGACGUGCUCACGCUCGAGCUCGACGCGUGCUUCCGCGAGUUCUACGUCGACGGCGACAAGACCAACUUGCACACGGUGGCCGCGUCGCUCAUUAAGCUGCAGACGGUGUUUGGCAUGAUCCCGCACGUCAAGUACAAGGGAACGAUGGCCAAGGUCAUUUACCAGAUGAUGGCCCACUUUCGGCGCGAGCAAGAGGUCGCGGGCAACCCGAUUGGCGUGCUGGACCCAGAGAUUGACACGCUCGUGCUCAUGGACCGCAACGUCGAUCUCGUGACGCCCAUGUGCAGCCCCAUGACGUACGAAGGACUGCUGGACGAGACGCUGGGGAUCACGCACGGCUUUAUUACGGUCGAUGCCGAGCUCAUUGCCGACGACGAGGGACCCAAUGCGGGGAGUGCCGCGCGACCUGCACAAGUGUCGGUACCGCUCAACUCGAACGACAAGUUGUACGCAGAAGUGCGCGAUUACCACGUUGAACGGCUUGGAAUGAACCUGCAGCAACAGGCACGCGAGAUCCGCGAGCGGUACGACGAGUUUCGCAAAAACCGCGACGCUUCGAUCAGCGAGAUCCGGGAAUUCGUCAAGCGCAUUCCAGGUCUCAAGCAGAACUACCAGUCGCUGCAGCAACACAUCAACUUGGCCGAACUGAUCAAAAAGACCACUGACUCGAAGAGUUUCCGGGAUCUCAAGGACGCAGAGAACCUCGUGCUCACUGGCGAAACGAUCUUUGAACAGCUUGAGGAGCGCAUCGGGUUCCAGGAGCCGCUGCUUGGUGUCUUGCGCCAGCUCUGUCUGCAGUCUGUGGCUGCGGGCGGUAUCAAGACCAAAAACUACACGCACCUCAGUCGAGAGCUCGUGCAGACUUAUGGCUUUGAGAUGAUGCUGGCAAUGAGUAACUUGGAAAAAGCGGGGCUACUGAGUAAGCGCGAUACCCUGUGGAACGAUGCAAGCGGCUUUGGCCUCGCUUGUAAGUCGUUCCGCCUGAUCAACCAGGACGUGGACCCGCGCAAUCCGCGCGACUGUGCGUAUGUUAGUCGCAGUCACGCCGCUGGGUACGCCCCGCUAUCUGUUCGUAUUGUUGAGAGCGCGAUAAAGCCUCGUGGUUGGAGUGCUGUGCAGGAAGGCCUGCGCCAGCUGCCCGGGCCCUCAGGAGAGGUCUCGCAGACGACGAGCAAACAUCCACGUGAUGAUCCCGUGGCUUCUGCAGCCGCUUCGAAGCUGGACAACUUUGGCAGUGAGGAGCGCAAGGUCUUGCUCGUGUACUACCUCGGCGGCGUGACCUUUAUGGAGAUUGCUGCUUUGCGUCAUGUAUCCCGCCAGCCUGACUGCCCUUACGACAUCAUCGUGGCGACGACCAAGAUCAUCAACGGCGACACGCUGCUCAAGUCGUGCUUUGACAAGGAAGUACUGCGCUUGCUGAAGCUAUGA